ACAGCCUCAACACGAAUUACUUACCAUUUGGUGCGCUGCAGAGGAGAUCGACUGUGGUCGCCAGCAGCACCGCAACAGGAUCUGCCUCAUCGACGCCAACAUCAACACCAACGCCUACGGCUGUGGCCACGCCUACAGGCAUACGAUUGCUCUUUAAUUUCAGCAACAACAACAGCAGCAGCGGCAACAACAACAAUUAUUCCAGUGCGACGCAAAUAAGCGACGCACUGCCAAUCAACAAUAACAGCAGUAAUAACAACAACAGCAUAUUUGUCGCACCGCAAACAGCAACUGAAGCUAUCAUGUCCUUGCCAGCGACUGGCACCUCGCCCACUAUCCCCAUGGUUCCGUUUGCGGCACCGACGAUCGUCAAAGAGGGCUGGCUACAGAAGCGCGGCGAGCACAUUAAGACUUGGCGUCAACGCUACUUCAUCCUACAAGGCGAUGGCAAACUUUUGGGCUAUCGCAACCGGCCGGCGGACAGCACACAGGCGGAUAGCACACAGAUGCUCAACAAUUUUACCGUACGCGGCUGCCAGAUCAUGACUGUGGAUCGUCCCAAGCCCUUCACAUUUAUCAUUCGCGGUCUGCAAUGGACGACGGUGAUUGAGCGCACAUUUGCCGUGGACACUGAAGCUGAGCGUCAACUCUGGACCGAAGCGAUUCGAAGUGUUGCCAGUCGGCUGAGCGAGAUGGGCGAAACUGCAAUAUCGCCAUCGGCGCCAACAGAUAUGGGCGAUGUGGAUAUGGCUGGCAUUGCUGAAGUGGAGUUAUCCGAACAGUUUUCCGUUCAAGGCACAACGCGCAACAGCAGCGGUGUCAAGAAAGUGACACUGGAGAACUUUGAGUUCCUCAAGAUGCUGGGCAAGGGCACUUUUGGCAAGGUCAUCCUGUGCCGUGAGAAGGCCACAUCCAAAUUGUACGCAAUUAAAAUUCUCAAAAAGGAGGUCAUUAUACAAAAAGAUGAGGUCGCACAUACGCUUACCGAAAGUCGUGUACUCAAGUCAACAAAUCAUCCGUUCCUCAUUUCAUUGAAAUAUUCAUUUCAAACCAAUGAUCGUCUCUGCUUUGUAAUGCAAUAUGUGAAUGGUGGAGAGCUUUUUUGGCAUUUGAGCCAUGAUCGCAUCUUUACGGAGGAGCGGACACGUUUUUAUGGCGCCGAAAUAAUAUCGGCGUUGGGCUAUCUGCACUCGCAGGGCAUCAUUUACCGUGACUUAAAGCUGGAGAAUCUUUUGCUGGACAAAGAUGGUCACAUAAAGGUCGCCGAUUUCGGGCUGUGCAAGGAGGAUAUAACCUACGGGAGCACAACAAAAACGUUUUGCGGAACACCCGAAUAUUUAGCGCCUGAAGUAUUAGAGGAUAGUGAUUAUGGACGUGCGGUCGACUGGUGGGGAACCGGUGUGGUUAUGUAUGAGAUGAUCUGUGGUCGUCUACCAUUUUAUAAUCGUGAUCAUGAUGUGCUCUUCACGCUCAUAUUGGUUGAGGAUGUGAAAUUUCCACGCAAUAUUACUGAUGAAGCAAAAGGUUUGCUAUCCGGACUCUUGGCCAAGGAUCCCAGAAAUCGUUUGGGCGGUGGCCAAGAUGAUGUCAAGGAAAUACAAGCGCAUCCAUUCUUUGCGAGUAUUAACUGGACGGAUCUGGUGCUGAAGAAGAUAACGCCACCAUUUAAACCUCAGGUCACAUCAGACACAGACACACGUUACUUCGAUGAAGAGUUUACCGGCGAAAGCGUCGAGUUGACUCCUCCAGAUCCUACGGGACCUCUGGGCUCCAUAGCCGAAGAGCCGUUAUUCCCGCAGUUCAGUUAUCAAGGAGAUAUGGCAGCCACGUUGGGCACCUCGGCGCACAUUGGUACUUCCACAAGCCUCACGUCGAUGCAAUAGAACAAGCUUCAAAUUAUAGGAAGGAGCCACGCAAAAAAGAAACAAAAAUAAAACAAAACUGAGCGCAAAACGACACAUAAUGUUGUGCGUCACCGCAUGUACCCAUAAUAUACUUAGUGAUAUAUAUAGAUAUGGGAUAGAAAUGCAAGCAAAACAAAACAUAAGAAAACAAAACAAAACAAACUGAAAAGGAAAACAUAAUAAAUUUGUAUCGCUAAGUUUAUACACCAAUAAUAACAAAUUGAAUGAUAGUAACUUAUUUUUUCAUAACUCCAACAACAGCAACAACAAUAGCAACGUGCAGUUGAAAAACUUAUAGAGGAGAUAAGAGAACAUGGAUCGCGAUAUAAACAUAACAAAAGAAACAAACUAAAUGAAAAGAAAAGAAAAGAAAAAAGAAAAUAGUUUAUUACCUAUGAUAAUACACAUAUACUUAUAUAUACAUUUAAAUAUAACAUUUUAAGCAUAACGUUUAAAGUGAUUAGUUAAUUUUUAAAUGCAAGUAAAACAUUUAUUAAGCGAAUGAGUAAAACACACACACACACACUAUGCACACAUACGAACACUUACACAAUUUACACCCAACUAGCUUGUAGGCAAAUCGAAGAGCAAGAGCAAGAAAUCGAAAUACAAACCCACACACACACACAUAAGCAAAACAAACACACACACAGACAUACACAUUAUUUAUACUCCAAAGAAGAAAAACACAAUAACAAUUACGAGUUAUAUUUAAUGGUAAAGUUGCCUCUGAAGAGCUCUGCAUUAUGCAAAAACAGAAUCAACAACACAACAAAAACCAGAACUAAUAGUUAUAUACAAAAAAGAUUAUUUCAACUGCAUGGGCGCCAAAAACAUUUAAACAAAAAAAAUUUUUUCAAACCUAAAAUAAAAUAAAUUAUAUAUGGCAUAUGCUUUUUUACACAUAUAUUUGUAUAUAUUUAUAUAAAAGGAAGUAUAAAAAUUCACUUUUAAACAAAACAAAAAAAAAAAAAAUUACAAAAAAAAAUACAAAAAUUUCCAUUUUUGAAUUUGAAACAAAAAUUUACAAAAAAAAAACAAAAUUAUAAAUAUUAUACAAAAUGCCUAAAAUGUUUGUCUCUUCAUUUUCAACAAGAAAUACAACAGAAAUGAAUAUGAUUAAAAGAGUAACAAAGGAAAUGAAAUUUUGAUAUUUUUAUAAACGAAAUAAAUUAUUAAAAAUUGUAAAUAAAAGUAAUCUAAUGUUCGGGCAUUUCAACUAAAUACAAUACCAAUACAAUAAAAGCAUAAUCUCUCUUCUAUAUACAAAGAAAAGCAAAAUAAGCAAAAACUAAAAAAAAAACUUAUCAAUUGAAAUAUAAUGAACAAAAACAAACAAAACAUAUUUUCUUAAAUAAAACAAAAAAAAAAAAAAAAAAA